GCGACGGAAUCGGUUACGAGUGUAUCGUUGGCGCUUGGUUUCCCUUUCGAGAGCUGAACUGAACGCCUGGCGUUGGGGAUUAGCUGGUGCUGGGAACGAGCGUUUGCUGCUGUGUGCUGUGCGUGAGAGUGUGCGAGAGAGAGAGAGAGAGAGAGAGAGAGAGAGAGCGAGAGAGCGCGCGCGUUUUUGUUUGUGGAUUACACGCGGGUACACGCCGGAAGCGGAAGAACGUGUGCAAACGGGCGCCUCAGGUGCAUCCGCAAAAGCGAGAGGUGUGUAUUGCCAUAGUUGUGCAUAGGUGUGUGCAACGUUGCAGUAGCCCUUUGCAAAGGGGGUGGUAAAAAAAGCACCGACGACCGACGCGAGGACCCCACUGCCAGCGGGAAAAAACCCCACAGCAACAGCAACAGCAGCAACAGCAAAAGCAGCAACCAUGGCCGACAAGAAGGUGGCAGAACAGUACUAUGCCCCACCGCCCAAGAUGGGCAAAUGGGAAGGAUUUAAGACGUUCCUGUGGAACAGCGAAACCAGCCAAUGCCUUGGCCGCACCGGAUCCAGCUGGGCGAAAAUUCUCUUCUUCUACGUGUGCUUUUAUGCUGCCCUCGUUGGAUUCUUCGCCGCGAUGCUGGCCGUGUUCUGGCAGACGCUAGACAUGCAGAUGCCGAAGUACCAACUCGACAGUUCGUUGAUUGGUUCAAAUCCAGGAUUGGGCUUUCGACCAACGCCACCAGAGUACCAGAAUGUGGAGAGCUCGCUCAUCUGGUACAAAGCCUCCGACAACGGAAACGUCGGGAUCUGGACCAAUUUGAUCGACGAAUUUCUGGAGCCUUACACGGUAGAGGAAGAUAACCGUGUUGAUUGCUCGUUCGACAAUCCGCCACCGGAGGGCAAGGUUUGCAAAGUUCCUAUGACUAACUGGUCCCCGUGUGUCAAGGAAAACCGAUACAACUUCAAGAAGAAGAGCCCGUGCAUAUUCCUGAAGCUUAACAAGAUCUACAACUGGGUUCCAGACAUGUACAAUACCUCGACCAACUUGCCGGAAAAGAUGCCUGACGAUCUCAAGGAGCACAUCCGUGGUGAGGAAGCUCGAGGAAACAAAAACACCAACGUGGUUUGGGUUUCCUGCGCGGGCGAAAAUCCUGCCGACAAUGAGCACAUCGGUGCCAUCCAGUAUAUCCCGCGUCGUGGAUUCCCAGGAUACUUCUUCCCGUACAAGAAUGUUGAUGGAUAUCUGCCGCCCGUAGUAGCGGUCUACUUCGAAAAACCAAAGACUGGCGUGCUGAUCAACAUCGAGUGCAAAGCCUGGGCCCGCAACAUCAUGUACGAUCGGGCCGAGCGAAGAGGGUCCGUUCACUUCGAGCUGAUGAUCGACUAAAUCGGAGGCCCGCUUAACGCAGCAUAAACCAGCUGAAAGCCAGCGGAAAAGUCCCCGUUCGCCGCUCUCGCUCUGUUGCGUGUUAUCAUCGUGCGGAACGGGGGAAAAGGAAAAAGAGCAGACGCAGAAGAAGAGUGCACCGGAGUCCAACCAUCGGUGGGUGUGAGCAAACGGAGGGAAGCAAGCAGCAAGCAGGCACAACGGAAAAGGAAAAGCGAAGAAAGUGGCCCUAGUUGAUGUUCGAAUGAGUUUAUAAACGCACUGGCGUUAGGAUAGCCGCAGAUCAAAGCAGCAUAGCAGCAAAGGUGUAGUGCGCAAAGGGCGUUAAGGAGUCAGAAGGCAGAAUGGACAGGACGAAGGUGAAAGUGCUAAGUGCUUGGCUAACAUCUAGAAAAAAAAAACAGCAACAAGCGCAACCCAGUUAAAGCAACGCGUUAGAGGAAUGAUAAAUGGGCGCAAAUGAGAGCAGCCCUGGUUAGUGCGCGCGCGCGUGCGCAAAAUCAAGAGCAUAUUAUGGAGGAAUAGAAGAGAAGACGAAGGAGCAGAAGUAAAACAAACAAAAAAAAACACACACACACAUUGUAGUAGGAGGUGCGGCGUAAAGUUUGAAUCAUUUGGCUAGGCAUUUUAUACUUUUCCCGUACUUCAGCUACUAUCGGUUGGUGAAGAUUGUUGUAUGAUUUUGUUAUUGCAAUAGUAUACAUAAUACCCACGUUAAAGAAGAAAAAAAAAAGCAAGUAAUAAUAAAAUAAAAGAUUUAAGACCAUCGUAAUAACUCGUAGGUAAGUUGUACAGCUAAUUGCAAAACCGGAGGCAUUCCGCUCUCUGCUUCAGAAGAAAAAAAAACCCACAAAGAAGGAAACCGAAGGCAAACAAAAAAAAAAGAAAAGAAAAGAAAAGAAAAGAAGGGAAAUCCUACUACGAGAGCCCGCACGCACGGACUCGCGGUCGAUUCCGAAGGGCGCGUUUAGGUAUAGUAACACAAACUCUCCGUAUAACUCCACCUAACACUUAAAAAGCAUAGCAUGAUCUCUGGCAACAAACAGAAGAAAAAAACAACAAACAUUUAAGCAAAACCAAAAACAAAAGCAAACCCAAUACUACUACUAGAACGGAAUGCGGAGGGGGAGAUAAAAAAAAAACCAGCCGGGCGCACUAUGGGUGGGUUCAAAUAUGGUUCCCAUUUUCGGUGUCUGUCGAUUCGCUUUCUCGAGCCCGGAAUAGUCUGCAAAUUGUAGAUCUAGUUGAAGAAUUCAAAACAAAACAAAAAAGAAUCUAAAAAAAUAAAAUAAAUUGAAGAACAAAAAAAAAACCGUACAUCCGCAGGCGCCGACCGUCGAAUUAUGCAAA